CUGUGGAGAAACACAAGAUGCGCCUGUUGGACAACCAGCUACUGAAGCUCCUGCAAAUCUUUGUGACUUGGAAUAAUUGUUUUCUGUAUUUUUAACAAUUUCUACAGGCUAUCGUCUAGUGAUAGAAAAAGAAUGACAGGGAGAAAACUGGUGCUUCCUAUGAUGCUGCUGUGUGCCACCAUAAGCCUUUCACCAGUACAGAUUUCAUUUGGUCAACAUGCAGCUGAAGACUCCUGCAUGGUUCAGAUCCUAGUCCCUGGACUCAAAGGAGAACCAGGAGACAAAGGACAGAAAGGAGCACCUGGAAGACCGGGAAGACUUGGUCCACAGGGAGAGACUGGACAAACUGGUCUUAAAGGACAGAAAGGCAUCAUGGGACAACAUGGGAAAUUUGGACCAAGUGGAAUGAAAGGGAUGAAAGGAGAUAUGGGCGACCCAGGUCCAAGUGGUCCUAACGGAGAACCAGGUGUUCCAUGUGAGUGCGCACCAAUGAGAAAGAUGAUUGGUGAAAUGGAUAUUGUCGUGGCUCAACUAUCCUCAGAACUGAAAUUCAUCAAAAAUGCACUGCCCUCCCCUGCAGCUGUUGCUGGCAUUAAAGAGACAGACAGUAAGGUGUAUCUGUUGGUGAAGGAGGAGAAGCGCUUCGCCGACGCAGAGGUCUACUGUCAGUCGAGGGGAGGGCACCUGGCCAUGCCGAAGGACGACGCGGCCAACGCAGCCAUAGCAGGAUACAUAACCCAAGCAGGCCUCAGCAGAGUCUACAUUGGCAUCCACGACCUGGACCUCGAAGGCAAGUUCACCUACGUGGAUCGGUCCCCCAUGUCCACCUUCAGCAACUGGAGAACAGGAGAGCCCAACAACGCCUACGAUGAUGAGGACUGUACAGAGAUGGUGGCCUCUGGGGAGUGGACGGAUGUAGCCUGUCAUCCUACCAUGUAUUUUAUUUGUGAGUUUGAGAAAGAUACUAUCUGAGGCAUGGACGUAAUUUUCA